ACGGUGGUGGGCGCCGGCGGCGCGGGCGGCCUCACGUGGCUGCAGCGGCAACAGCAGAAGCUGCGCGAGCGGCGGGAGGGGCAGCUGCGGCAGGAGCGCCGCCCCCAAGAGGUGCGGCUGCUCUCCGAACUACGCUCCCUGCAGCACCAUCAGCCGCCUACUUCGCCUCCCAACGCCUAUCACCAGCAGACUCAGCAGCAGCUAAACCAUGGCUACAACCAGCACCACUACCACCACCACUCGCACUCGGCCAGCCACCGCGCUGACGGCUACACCAGCGACACCACGCACUUCGCCGACGACGACGACGCCGAGGAGGACUUCUCCACGCCGCUGCACAUCAACACGUCCUCGUCGCCCACGCACAAGCUGGCCAGCGCCGGCUCCGCGCCCGCCUCCCCGCUGCUGCCGCACAGGACAUCGUCACGACGAAUCUAUACGACCACUGAACAGAGGCAGCAAGCUUCGUACAUCACCAACGGAGGGAGCCCCGGAGGCCGACAGAAAGACUCUCCCCCUGAACGAGAGCGGCCGUUUGUGGCAGUGAAAAGAGCCCAUGAGCAAGCUCGGAAAUACGGAGAAACUCAGCCACUUGGUCUGUCUUUGAACCAUCAUGAAGCCCCGAGUCACAUUACUUCAGCUACUCAUCAAACAAGCUCCAGCCCUGAUUCAUCUAUGCUUCUCACGAUGGUUGAUGGGCAGCGGCCUGCUAGUCGAAGUGUGGUGGGUACUGGCCUUCCCCAUGAUCCCCUGGGGAACCUGAUGGCGACCCUUGCUGCAACCUCCUCCCGCAAUACUAACAACUCCUCCACUGCAUGGCAUUCACAGAUGCGGGAAGAAAGUUUCUCCUCAUGGCGAACUGCUUCCGUCAGUGAUGAGCCAGGCAGUCCUACACGGAGCGGAAGCCCCCGCCCCCAGACACCAGCCUUUCCAGUGCACCCUCGAACCCCUUAUGUGAACAGUAGCACUCAGCAGUUCGAUAUUUCUCAGUCCUCCUCCACAACUACAACAGGGCUGCCUCCUAAGAGUCCAACUACACAGCGCAAGGACCGUUCACCCUCUCCUGUGUCUGAUCCCUCUCCGGUGCAGCAGCAUCAGAACACGAGUAUGAUCAGUAACAGCAGCAGUGGUGCUAGCAGCAGCCGUACAAUGGCCUACCCAACUCCUCCUCAUUCGUCAACCAGUCUUUCAGAUGUUUAUUUGCAACAAAGUCCAAAGAGUCCUGGAGUUCUCAAUGGAAGCACAGGACAGUCCUCUCCUACAGUUUAUUACGGACACUCAAGACGAUCAUCAGUGCAUUCAAAUAGCGAGCCUCCUCAGGAAGUAUCACCAGCACAUGUAAAAUUUGUUCGAGAUACAUCGCGCUUCUGGUACAAACCUACCAUAUCAAGAGAAGAAGCUAUAAACAUGUUGCGAGAACAACCUCCAGGAACUUUUGUUGUUCGGGACUCCAAUUCCUUCCCUGGAGCAUUUGGCCUUGCACUUAAAGUGGCAACUCCACCACCUAAUGUUCAGGGUAAAAUAGCAAAUAUAAAUGAUCCUGGAAGUGAACUUGUACGACACUUCCUGAUUGAACCAACUUCUCGAGGAGUUAGAUUAAAAGGCUGUGCAAAUGAACCAGUUUUCAGCUCCCUGUCAGCUUUGGUGUAUCAGCACUCCCUAAUGCCAAUGGCUUUGCCUUGCCGCCUUCUGCUGCCAGAGUCUGAUGGUUCUCGCCUUCCUGCUGAUAGCCCUGGCAGUGUGAGCACAGCACAGUUACUACUGGCUCAAGGAGCAGCUUGCAAUGUCCUUUACCUGUUUACUUUGGACACUGAGUCUCUAACAGGACCACAGGCAAUUAAAAAAGCAGUUGCCCAAUUAUUUAUGUUAAGACCACUUCCUCAAGCAACUGUAGUACACUUCAAGGUCUCUGGUCAAGGUAUAACUUUGACUGAUAAUAAACGUCAGUUAUUCUUUAGGAGGCAUUAUCCUGUAAACACUAUUUCUUUCUGUGGAUUGGAUCCUGAUGAUCAUCGCUGGAGUCAAAAAAGUGAAGAAACUGGAAUGCCUAUUAGCUCCAAUCGUGUUUUUGGAUUUGUUGCUCGUAAACCAGCCAGUAAGACCGACAACCAGUGCCAUAUAUUUGCAGAACUGGAGCCUGAACAACCAGCUUCUGCGAUUGUUAAUUUUGUGUCGAAGGUGAUGAUGAGUGGUGGGACAAUGAAAGCCAAUAUUGUAUAAAUUGCUUAUACAGGCUUAGUUUAGUGUUCUGUUUGUAGUAGAAAUUAUUUUACCAGUCAACCAAAGCAUUACACAUGUUUAUAAAUAUUGCGUGCUAAAAAGUAACUAUUAACUUAAAGGCUCAUUAUUAUAAAUGUGCCAAACUCUAUAGCAAAAAAGCAAGGAGUAAAAAAUAACCACAAUUAUUAUAGUACAUAAUUCACUGAUGAGGUGAAACAUAUUUAUGUACUGUGCUUUGUUACACUUUAUGUAUAAAAUUAGUGUGAGAUGAAAUUUUGUAUUGAAAAUAGUCAUUCAACAGUAAAUUAUAAUUCAAAUAAUAAACAAGAGAACACCACAGUGUGCAACAAUCAAUUACAGCUUAGCUAACACUCAGUGUUGUUAGUAACACAACAGUAUACAACAUAUCAUUUAUUGUGAACUUACCAUAUAUUUUACAGUCCCAUGUAAACUAACCAGUGUGUUAAUAUGUAUAUAUAUAUAAUACAUUUGUUGGGAAUAUUUUGUCUUUUUCAAUUUCAGAAAGACAAUGACUAACACAUUAGAUGAGAAUUGCCACACUAAGCAAAUCUCAGCAAUUAUCUUGCCAAAUUAUGAUCCUUGAGAUAAAAAAUUACACCAAGGACGAUAAUAUUCUACAAAUCAGAUUCUGCUAUUUAUGUACACAAUGUAUAAACUUCUGAAUUCCAUUCGUACAUCGCAAACAGAAUUGUAAGUGUACUGUGCAUUUGCUCUAGUUGUAUAGGCAUUGUAACUUUGUUCUUUAUUGUAAGAAAAUUAUGUUUCUUUGAGUUUUCAUCCUUUAACAUAAUUUGGCUCUUAUAGGUAUUGUAUAUAUGUUAUUUAGGAUGGCAAAUAGCAAUAUUAAUUUGCUGUGAGAGACAAAUAAGUUUACAGUUAUAAGUGAAAGUUUUCAUUUUUCAGAUGUUUAAUAUUCUUUUGAACUGUGCGAAUGCUAUGUAUUGUGUUGUGAGAUAGUAAAUCAAGGAAUGUAUGAUGGGAGCUACAAAUGUCAUACCUGAAAUUUCAAGUUUUCUGAACUCUUUGUGGUAAUAACAUUGCAGUUCUGAAUAACACUUCAUUAUGAGGAAAUGUGUAAAGUGCAUGAAAAUAUGUCAUCUAUGACAAAUACAAUUAAAAAUAUCAGCUCGUUCAUUUCAAGGAAAGUGUAUUAAUAUAUUUUAGUAUCAUCAGAAAUAAAAUUCUCUUUUCAAAUCUAUGAGAAAUAAGUCAUAUAUCUGAAAUUUUCUAACACAUUACAUAGGUCGAAAGCAUGCAGUACAUAAUUGAUGCUUGUAGCUCAAAUUAUGGAUAGUCUUGUUCACUUGUGAAAAUGUUAAGUGCAUAAGGUUUUAGUAGAUACAUUUGUUUCUUCUAAAAUUGUUAUGUCAAGUCACAAGAUAUUAACAUACCCUAACUCUCAAUAAUUUUAAUCACUAGUAAGUGUAUUGACACUUACCAGCAUGUAAUAUAAUUACUAUAUGAACUAGCAAUGCUCUCCCAUUGUAUUGGUUCCCCAUAAAUAAAUUGUUAAUAAUUUAAUCAGUGUACCAAGUGCAUUUUAUUCUAUCAUACAUCCCAGUCAGUGGUAUGGUUUGAACUUUUUCAAGCUGUAAGCAGUUUCUAGUAUUAAUUCAACAAAUGACUAUUGAAAAUGGAUCAACUUCUCCAUCAUGGAUGCCUUCUGUUGAACAAAGUUGACCUAAAUCAAGCUUCUAUAAACAUCAACAAAAUCUGAAUACUUUCCCCUAGUACUGUCUUUUUGUCUGUUUCCCAGACCAUAUGCUCUCUUGCUGUGCCAUGCAGAUGACAAAGAUCUCUUCCCCUCUCCAGAAGCAUGUUGACACACAUACAUGUAAAGAACACGGGAGUGUAAGAGAUUUUGUGAAUUUAUUAAAUUAUAGCCACUUCGCAAUUGCAAACAAAAGGUGACAAUGUCAUAUCUCGUAACAUUGGCGAGUGAAGGGUGCCCUAUAGCAGCCCGUAAAAUUGCCUUACAAAGUAUUCAGGCAGUAAAAUUGAAUAUUAAAAUUCUAAAAUUACAUGUAUAUAAAAAUACAGUAAAAUAUUUAAAAAAAUAAAAUUGCUCAUAAAUGAAUGAAUGACAUACAAUACUUGCACAAUUUGAGAGUACCUGUUAAAUGUUUUUUUGUGACUGUUGACAACACUAGCAUCUAAACCACACACAAGAUUUUUCUUGGAUAUUCCCAGUUUGCAGUGGAUUUCAAUGAAUCUUUUAAUUUAUUGAGGAACUUAACAUAAGCCCCUAGGUCAUUUUCAAAAUUUGAAAGUG